UGUGUAGAGAGAGAGGGCACGCGAGGGGCCGCGUGCCAGUUCCCAUCGAAGUUGCGCCUAGCCUCCCCCCCCUCCCCUCGCUUUGCCUUCGGCUCGCGCCCGGUAACGGUCUCCAACGGCGCAUUGUGAGGCGUCCGCUGGCGUCAGAAGCAGGAGCUCGCGCGCCGGCCGGCCGCGAGGGGAGGAAGGCAAGGGAGGGAGGGAAAAGGAGGAAGGAGAGGCGGACAUGCGGUGACCGCUCCUGCACCUGCCCUCCCCAGGGCGGCCCCCUUUCUCCCCUCCGCCACGGCGGCGACCACUUGAAGGGGAAGGAGGAGAGUUCUCGGCUUGCUUCCCCUCAUGAGCGGCGGGGAAGGGAACAAGGGCGGCGGGGAGCCGCAGCGAGACCCCGCCCCGCCCUCCUCCUCCUCAUCCGCUGCAAAGCCGGGCCCCAGCCACAACGCCGAGAAGCAGCCCGAGACCCGCUCGGUGUGCAGCAACAGCAGCGGCGGCGGCGGGGGCGGAGGGGGCCCCAUCUGCAAGAUUUGCUUCCAAGGCGCCGAGCAGGGUGAAUUAUUAAAUCCUUGUCGAUGUGAUGGGUCAGUACGAUAUACACAUCAGCUUUGCCUUUUGAAAUGGAUUAGUGAAAGAGGGUCCUGGACCUGUGAACUCUGCUGCUAUAGAUACCAUGUAAUAGCAAUUAAAAUGAAAAGACCUUGUCAGUGGCAAAGCAUUACUGUAACUCUGGUUGAGAAAGUUCAGAUGAUCGCUGUUAUUUUAGGAUCACUGUUCUUAAUAGCAAGUGUAACUUGGCUUCUGUGGUCAGCCCUCAGUCCCUAUGCAGUAUGGCAAAGAAAAGACCUCCUUUUUCAAAUCUGCUAUGGAAUGUAUGGUUUUAUGGAUAUAGUGUGCAUAGGACUUAUUGUACAUGAAGGUGCAUCUGUCUCUAGAGUAUUUAAACGUUGGAGGGCUGUCAACCUGCACUGGGAUGUACUAAAUUAUGACAAAGCUACAGAUAUAGAAGAGAGCAACCAACGAGAUUCCUCAACAUCUAGGACUUUGUGGUUACCACUAAAUGCAUUUAGAAACAGAAGUUUAGUUCAUCCAACACAGUUAACCUCACCAAGAUUUCAAUGUGGUUAUGUGUUGUUACAUCUUUUCAGUCGAAUGAGACCUCAGGAGGACUCAUCAGAUGACAACAGCUCCGGAGAGGUUGUUAUGAGAGUGACAUCAGUGUAAAGGUUAGAUUCACUGUGCUACCUUCAUGAGGACAACCCAUCCUGAACUCUCUUAUAGUAUUCUGGAAUGUAAUUGCAAAGAAUGGUGAAACUAUAGCACAUACAAUUAUAUAAACAUUUUUUUAAUUUAUGCUUUUAUAUGAUCAGUUGAAUUGCAAAUACAUGUUCUUGAAAAGGGUCUCUUUCUUUUUAUACCAUGAUUUAUCACUUUUUAAUCUAUUUGUACUCAGCAUUUAUAAAAAAUAUAUAAUUUACCAAUGGCUUUAAUAAUGUCGAGACAAAUAUUUUAAACUACAGCUAUUUUUGAUAGAUUUAAGUAUAUAUCCAAAGUUCUAAGCCAUCUCUCCUCAUGGUAACUGAGAUUAAUUGGAUGGCUUGUGCUAAGUAAAGCAAACAAGUUCAUCUAAUGUCUUACUUCCUUUUGGAUAGUCGUGUAUAUCUUUCCUUUUUCUCUUCAGGAAAACACACAGAUUAUUUGGAGCCUGUGCACUAGAUAUAUCCAAUAUGGAAUAAAGCGUAAAGUUAAUGGAAGGCUGUCCUCAAAGUCAAAUAGUUUUGCAAGACUGAGGAUGUUAGGUAUCUUCUGCAUGAACAGCGGAUUUUUAUUCUUUUGUCAUCUAGGUGAUAAGAACAUUAUUAUAGAUAUUUAUUAAUAAUAGACAUAUCAUGGACCAAUUUUACAUCACAUUUUGGCAAAUGAAAAUAAAGAGAAGGGAAAUCCACAUCUAUUUCAUUAAAGGAUAAAGGAGUUUUACUAGAAUUGAAUUCAGAGCUUGCAACUGCUACACGAGCAUUUAGCUAGAACCAUUCAUUUCCCAAGUUAAUAAGAAUAAUAUGUUAUUUAUUUUAUUUAUUAACUGGAUUAAAUUCAGUAACACUGAGAGAAAUAUUGCCUGAUUGUAUCUUAGAUAUCUGUUUUGUUGUAUCUUUUCUGUUACACAGUUCAGUGCAUUUAAAUUAUUUAGAAUCAAUCUUCCCUUUCCACUUGAAAAGGAAAUCUUCUAAAAACUGGCUAUCUCUGCAGAAAAAAAUGCCUUAUUUAUCUUGCUGACAACUCUAGACAGAGUUUCACCAACUAAGACUAUACAGCAUCUGUAUCCUUCCUAACCUUUUAUCUUGUUGUGAGACUAGAAAACAAAAGAGGCUCAAAAUAGUGCUGGAGGUUGAACAGUAUAUUUCAUAGAAAUUAGACUACGUUUUAUCUACACCUUCGGAGACAAAAGGUUACAAAGUAGUAUGUCUUACCCGACCCUAUGCAGAUUGAAAUCAAGGUGCAAGGCACAUUUCUUUGAAUAAGUUUAAUAACAUGGGGAUUCCAGCCUGCACCAUACAAAAGAUGAGAGGGUAGUGUUUCUUUGAGGAUAGACAUAGCUAAUUUUAAUAAUACCCUAAAAUCAUGCUGCACUUUAUAAAUAGGAGCUUUGUAACCUGAAGACUGGUAGCUGACAUAAUACCAAGUCUAAAUUCAAUCUGUUGUCUCUGCCAAGGAUUAAUUUAGCCUUAAGAAAUAUGUUGUGUUAGUAUGAACAACUUAAGCAAUGUGAGAUGGUUCCCCCAUGGAUAUACUGCUAAGAUCCCCUUUGAUACUAAAUUUAAAAUAUCUGAAAGCAAACUACUGGAUCUCAGUUAAAAUUCUUCUUUAGACAAUGGCUAGUAUCCUCUAUACAAGGCAUGCCUUAUCUCUUUUCUUGGGCCGAAUAGUUUCAUUUGAAGAAGAGGAACAUCACACAUUGCACUAUCCAAGACUUACUGUGUACCGUUAUUGCCUAUAGCAGCACAGACCAACGAAAUAAACAAAUUGUUCUAGUAACCAGGAAGGCUUUAAUUUGGAAUGUCUAGGCUGUUAAGUGUAUUGUGCCAGGUUGUUUGAUUUAAUAUGUGGAAGGCGUCAAGAUAUUACUUAGAAUUGGAAUUAUUUUUAGAUGCUUUUUAAAAGCUGAAGUAAAGUUAUGGUAAAAUUAUUCAAAAUCAAACUAUCUCGUUCUUUUUUGUUGUUGUUUGUCACUGUAUUGCAAAGACAAUUGAAAAUGGUUUUAAAUAACAAGCAAUUUUCACCAGUCCAAUUUUCUUUAAUUUUCAGUUCUUUCCGACAGGAUUGUCAUUAACUUACUCAUUUACAUUGUUCAUUUGAACACACACAUUCAGUGGCAAAGAACAUUUGUUUAUCUGAGCUUUGGGAUUGGCAAGAUAUGUGGAUUCCCCCCCUCCCCCUUCUUCAAGGUGAAUAGCACAAUCUUGCCUGCUGGUUGAUGUAUCCUGGCACAGAACUGGUAUAACAGAGGAGAGGGAGGAAAGAAGAUUGAAUCAUUUUUUAGGAAUAGUUUUUUUAAACAUUCCUCCCAUUAAAAAUAUUUUGGCCACUU